AUGGAUAUGAUACAUUUAGAUGAUAACCAAAAUCCAUGCAUUCAACCUCAACGUCGUAUGAACCCCAUCAUGCAAGAUGUAGUAAAAGUUGAAGUUAUAAAAUUGCUUGAUGCGAGUAUUGUAUAUGUUGUUUCUGAUUCUAAGUGGGUGAGUUCUAUUCAGAUUAAACAUGCAUUGAUCUCUUCUCCCAUCAUCCUUUCUCCUGAGUGGGACCACCAGUUCGAGAUUAUGUGUGAUGCAAGUGACUAUGCAGUUGUGGCAGUUUUGGGUCAAAGAAAGGACAAGGUCUUGCAUGCUAUCUACUAUGCUAGUAAGACCUUAGAUGAAGCUCAAGAGUUUAAUCUGGGGAUCCAUGAUAAGAAAGGGGCUGAGAAUGUGGUUGCAGAACACAUGCCUAGAUUGAGAUACGAUGAUGGUAAGACUGCUACAACGAUCGAUGAUUCAUUUCCCGAUGAUCACUUACUUGCAGUUACCAUUCAGUCACCAUGGUUCGCCGACUAUGAGAACUACAUUGUGGGGGGUACUCUUCCGGCCGAUCUGACAGAUCAACAAAAGAAGAAGUUCCUGCACCAUGUUCGUUUCUCCUUUUGGGAUGAUCCGCAUUUGUUCCUUGAGACUAUUGAAGGGUUGUACAAGCGGUGUGUUCCUGAAUGGGAAGUUCAUGGUAUAAUCAAUCAAUGUCAUUCUUCACCUUAUGGAGGCCACCAUGGACCUUCCAAGACUCAUGCUAAACUGUCACAGUGGGGGUUUUACUAG